GGAAGAGCGCGUUCCCCAGGAGACGGCGCGAGGGGCGGGGAGGGGGCGCAGCGCCGGCCUGAGGGCGCACUUUGAUCAAAAAGAAGAAAUUACCGCUGACAGCUGAAACACAGAUUGUCUCUUCCACUCUGGCUAGGCAGGAGCAAUGGAGACUUCUGAUGGAGAAAGUCUGGGUGUAGCCACCUCCACCACUUCUGAUGAGUUUGAUGCAGUUGUUGGUUAUCUGGAGGAUAUCAUAAUGGAUGAUGAUUUCCAGUUAAUACAGAGGAAUUUUUUGGAGAAGCACUACCAGGAGUUUGAUGACUCAGAAGAAAACAAGCUCAUCUAUACAGACAUUUUUAAUGAAUAUAUCUCUUUAGUAGAGAAAUACAUUGAAGAGAAGUUGCUCGAUCGGAUUCGUGGGUUUGAUAUGGUUGCUUUCACAGUGUCAUUGCAACAACACAAAGAUGAAAUGCCAGGUGAUAUAUUUGAUCUGCUGCUCACAUUUACAGACUUUCUGGCUUUCAAAGAAAUGUUCUUGGAAUACAGAGCUGAAAAAGAAGGUCGAAGUCUGGAUUUAAGCAGUGCGUUAGUGGUGACUUCAUUAAACCAUUAAACAAGUCAUUCUGAAGGGAGUUCUGUUGUAUUUUAAGCAAGGUCUGUUCGAUUUUCAGAGGUGAAAGGCAGUGAUUCCCGAGAGACAGCCGGGGCAGAGGGGCGGGGACUCAGCUCCACGGUGGGUGUGGGGCAGGGCCAGGACUGUGGGUCCCUCUCCAGGGGGUGUAAUCAAAACUUUCUGGAAGUUUUAUACCCUUUUAUAAAAUGGACAGAAGAGACUGUGAGACGUAGCCUUCCUUUCCCCAGCUCUACCCAAACUUCUCUUUACCUGUCUGCAGGAUCGUUAGAAGCUGCCGUGGUUUGUCUGGGCAGUUCUCUGCAGUGCCCAGCUGCAGGGAGCCUUUUGCACUCUGAUAUAAAGUGCCUGAGCUGCAGUUUGAGCUCCUUGUUCUUUGCCCUCUCUCUGCUGAACACAGAGAACGGUUUAUUCCUUCUGUUCCUGCAGCCCCAUUGCUUAACUGGAAAUCAUCCAGUUCCAACCCUCUGCCAUGGGUAGGGACAACUUCCACUGGAGCAGGCUGCUCAUAAUCCCAUCCAGCCUGCCCACCUGGCAGUAAAAGAUGCUCAAUUCUCAGGAAUGUGGUUUUAACUGAGAAGUCAGUGUGUGCAGGGAAGUUUUUUACAAGAUGCCAAGGCAGAAUUCAUGCUGAUCAGCCAUCAGCUGCUUUAUAGGAACAGCCCAUCAUUUUCUUAGUCACAUCCUUGCCAGAGAGAUUCAGGUUCUGGAGCCUUAAUUGCCUGGUGAUGCAGUUGAAUUUGGAGAAAUGCUAGCUAAACUAAUUUGGAACAUGUCAGAGUUUGGAAGGCUGAGACCAGGGUCCUUUAUCAGUGUUUGUAAUUUUCUGGUUAGAUUGUGGAAUUCCAUGGUGAUCUCCCAUGUUAAUCUUUAUUCAUUUUAUUGGUUUUGUUUUCUUACUGUUCCUUUUAUAUAUAUAUAUAUAUAUAUAUAUGUCUAUAUAUUCAUAAUUGUGGAAAUUUCACCCUUGAUUUACCUGCUGACAACCAAAUAAAGGCAGAUCUGUCCAUGGGCCGAUG